CGGCGGCGGCCGGGGCCGGGGCGCGGGCCGGAGACGCCGGAGGGCCGGCAACGACCCGGGAGGGACGAUGAAGCGGCAGAAUGUGCGCACGUUGGCGCUCAUCGUGUGCACCUUCACCUACCUGCUGGUGGGCGCCGCGGUGUUCGACGCGCUGGAGUCAGAGCCGGAGAUGAUCGAGCGGCAGCGGCUGGAGCUGCGGCAGCUGGAGCUGCGGGCGCGCUACAACCUCAGCGAGGGCGGCUACGAGGAGCUGGAGCGCGUCGUGCUGCGCCUCAAGCCGCACAAGGCCGGCGUGCAGUGGCGCUUCGCCGGCUCUUUCUACUUCGCCAUCACCGUCAUCACCACCAUCGGCUAUGGCCACGCGGCACCCAGCACAGACGGAGGCAAGGUGUUCUGCAUGUUCUACGCGCUGCUGGGCAUCCCGCUCACACUCGUCAUGUUCCAGAGCCUGGGUGAGCGCAUCAACACCUUAGUGAGGUACCUGCUGCACCGUGCCAAGAAGGGGCUGGGCAUGCGGCAUGCCGAGGUGUCCAUGGCCAACAUGGUGCUUAUCGGCUUCGUGUCGUGCAUCAGCACGCUGUGCAUCGGCGCUGCUGCCUUCUCCUACUACGAGCGCUGGACCUUCUUCCAGGCCUAUUACUACUGCUUCAUCACGCUCACCACCAUCGGCUUCGGCGACUACGUGGCGCUGCAGAAGGACCAGGCGCUGCAGACGCAGCCGCAGUACGUGGCCUUCAGCUUCGUGUACAUCCUCACCGGCCUCACGGUCAUCGGCGCCUUCCUCAACCUCGUGGUGCUCCGAUUCAUGACCAUGAACGCCGAGGACGAGAAGCGUGACGCGGAGCAUCGCGCGCUGCUCACGCACAACGGCCAGGCGGGCGGCCUGGGUGGCCUGAGCUGCCUAAGCGGUAGCCUGGGCGAUGGCGUGCGUCCCCGUGACCCAGUCAUGUGCCCCGCGGCCGCGGGCAGCAUGGGCGUGGGUGUCGGUGGCAGCGGCUUCCGCAAUGUCUAUGCCGAGGUGCUGCACUUCCAGUCCAUGUGCUCGUGCCUCUGGUACAAGAGCCGCGAGAAGCUGCAGUACUCCAUCCCCAUGAUCAUCCCGCGGGACCUCUCCACAUCCGACACGUGCGUGGAGCACAGCUACUCGUCGCCAGGAGGUGGCGGCCGCUACAGCGACACGCCCUCGCACCCCUGCCUGUGCAGCGGGACGCAGCACUCCGCCAUCAGCUCGGUGUCUACGGGUCUGCACAGCCUGGCUACCUUCCGCAGCCUCAUGAAGCGCAGGAGCUCGGUGUGAACCACAACCAGGCCUGGAGCACCUGUGAGCCAGCGGGGUAGGGAGGGGGUCCUGCCUGCAGAAGCCGCAGGCAAUGGCCAGGAGUCCCCCCCCCCCCAAAGAUGCCUCUGGGCCCCAUGGGAAGUCCCCACCCAGCACCACUACCACCUCUAUUCUUC